AUGGUAUUUGAGCUUAAGAAUACAGAUGUUAGCUCAGCAAACGCGCUGCGGCGCGUUAUGAUUGCAGAGGUGCCGACAAUUGCCAUAGAUCUCGUCGAAAUGGAGAACAACACAACUGUACUAAACGACGAGUUCCUGGCACAUCGCCUUGGGUUACUUCCUUUGGUUUCAACGGAGGCUGUGGCGUGGAAACGGCCGUUCGAGUGGAGCAACGACGCGGACAUGAUUGAAACCGCGUUCUCGCUGGACGUGACGUGCACUGUUGAUGGCGUCAUGGACGUCACAAGCAAUGAUUUGGUACCGCUUAACCCGGAGCAUGGGGUGUUCCCGGUCAACUACCAGAACCCUGACGAAAAACCCAUCGUCAUUUGCAAAAUGCGUCGGGGCCAGCAACUCAAGCUCGUUGCACGAGCACGCAAGGGGAUCGGGAAAGACCACGCCAAGUUUAUCCCCGUCGCGACGGCCGUGUUCCAGUACAAGCCCCGCAUUGUGCUCUCUCACAGCGCCAUGGCAGAGAUGACCGACGAGGAGAAGCAGAUCUUCGUCCACAGCGACCCAUCAAAGACAUUCAAAUUCAACCCCAUUACUCGGAUGAUUGAGGUGGAGAACGAGGAGGCCUAUAUGUACGACGAGGAGUGCUUGGUUAAGGCGCGGGAGCUGGGUCGGCCGGACCUGGUCACGAUUACGCAGCUACAAGACCAUUUCAUCUUCAGGGUGGAGGGCACGGGAGUGUUACGAGUCGCAGACAUUGUACGACAGCCAUUAGCAGCAACAUCAGUAGCAGCGGCAGCAGUAGAAGCGCCACCAUCGCAAAAUUAA